AUGCAGAGAAGAUUCGUGCAAACUGCUUCGUAUUUAAUUAGAAGAAAUAAAGUGGCAUGCAGAUUCAAUCGUUAUAACGGUUUGCCGGUUGCCUUUUAUUCCACAAAGACAGUACCUUUCACAGCAGAUACUUACUCCCAAAAAGUCCAACGCGAUUCAAAGUACAAGCAACUUGAAUCCAAAGAUAUUGAAUUUUUCAAAAGUGUUUUACCUGAAAAUUCCAUUAUCACUGAUAAGGACGACUUAUUGUUUUUUAAUGAAGAUUGGAUGAGAAAAUAUAGAGGUCAAUCACAAUUGGUAUUGAAGCCCAAGACCACUGAGCAAGUCGCCUCUAUCUUAAAGUAUUGUAAUGACAACAAGCUAGCUGUUGUUCCCCAAGGAGGGAAUACUGGGUUGGUAGGUGGCUCUAAUCCAAUUUUUGAUGAAAUUAUUAUUUCCUUGUCGUCCAUGAACAAAAUCAGAUCGUUUGAUCCUGUCAGUGGUAUAUUGAAAGUAGACGCAGGUGUUAUUUUGGAAACUGCUGAUCAGUAUUUGGCUGAGCAGGGCUAUAUCUUCCCACUUGACUUGGGAGCUAAAGGAUCUUGUCAUGUUGGUGGUAAUGUUGCUUGUAAUGCUGGUGGCUUGCGUUUGUUGCGAUACGGUUCUUUGCAUGGUUCUGUUUUAGGUUUGGAAGCUGUCUUGCCUGACGGUACGGUUUAUAACUCUAUGCAUUCAUUGCGUAAAGAUAAUACUGGUUAUGAUUUGAAACAAUUGUUUAUUGGAUCUGAAGGUACUUUGGGUAUUAUAACUGGUGUUUCAAUUCUAUGUCCAUCAAGACCACAAGCGCAAAAUGUGGCAUUUUUAGCUGUUUCGAGUUAUGAGGCCGUUCAAAAGGUUUUUGUUCAGGCCAGAAAAGAGUUGCAAGAGAUUUUGUCUGCUUUUGAAUUCAUGGACAACACGUCCCAAAAGUUGACUGCUAAGCAUUUAGGUUUGGAGCACCCUAUUGAAAGUGGUGACUUCCCAUUCUAUGUGUUAAUUGAAACCUCUGGUUCCAACAAAGAGCAUGAUGACGAAAAAUUGGAAACAUUCUUGGGGAAUGCAAUGGAAGAAGGUUUAGUUGACGAUGGAAUUAUUGCUCAAGAUGAAGCGCAAAUACAAUCGUUGUGGUCAUGGAGAGAGUCGAUUCCAGAAGCAACCACUAUUGGGGGCGGUGUUUAUAAAUAUGACGUCUCGAUUCCAUUGGCAGAUCUUUAUGGCUUAGUUGUGGAUGUCAAUGCCAGAUUAAAUGAUGCUGGAAUUGCCAGUUUGGACGAUGAAUCGAAACCUGUGCUUGCUGCAUUGGGUUACGGGCAUAUUGGAGACGGGAAUUUACACUUGAACGUUUCUGUAAGAAAGUAUUCUCCUGAAAUUGAAACUAUUUUGGAACCAUUUGUUUAUGAAUGGAUUGCUAAAAAGCAUGGAUCUAUUUCGGCUGAGCAUGGGUUGGGUUUCCAAAAGAAAAACUAUAUUGGAUAUUCCAAAAAUGAGGUUGAGAUUAAAUUAAUCAAAGAAAUCAAACAACAUUAUGAUCCAAACGGGAUCAUGAACCCUUAUAAGUACGUGUAA